AAAGCCGAUUCUGUGUAUAAAAGUCGCUGUAAUAACUAAACAGAUCCGCAGUUAACGAUAAUCCUCACGCGCAGAACUGCAGUUUAUUAUCUGCGUUAUAAACCUACAUAUUUAUCUCUGUUUACCAAAAAUAACAUCCUCUUGCGUAUCAUGGCAUCGUAUCAUCAGUAUCUCGCAGUGGCAAUUCUGCUUAUCGUCAUCGCGGUAGCACAAUCAAAGCCGCAGCAGCCACCGGGUAAAGUGAUUAAUGUGGAAGUCGGGGGACAUUGCUCAGCAUCAGCGGCCCCCACAGGUCCAGGAGGCUCUUGGCAGGUCAUUGAUAAAGACACCAAGAAAGUUUGCCCACCGGGAACAACUUGUCGAACAGGUGCUUGCAACUGUGAUGAUCUUCCCGACGGGACCGUGAUGUCAAACAGUUGGGACCCCGUGAAGGGGGAACGAACUUGCAAACGAGUUGGUGGACAAAAAUGUCAAGAAACACCCCAAUGCGUCGCCGGAGCUGCAUGUACGGGAGGUGUGUGCGUCUGUGAUAAGACCAACCAGGACGUAUUUUGCCCAGAAGAGAAACGCGAUAUCAUGAUUUUGAAUUAAAAAAUAUCAAAAAUCUCUCAUCAUGUGCUUCUUACACUUAUGUACUUAAAACUGACAAAUAUAUAAAUUAAAAAGACGCCAAUUUAUUUUCCUGAUCUUAUUAAAAUAAAACAGUCAAUAAAUAACUUCCCAAUCAAAA